GUCGACCACCAGGUGGCGGUAGAGAUCGAGUCUUUCUGAGGGAUUUAGAAAACGAAGAAGAACCCGGAAGUAAACAAUCUUUCAGUACGGGGCUGCGACAAUGGCGUCGGGAGCAGAUCAGGCGGUCGGGAUGAGUCUCGUUGUUUUCAGCCUCCUGUUGUUCUCCUACUACACUGUUUGGGUCAUCGUUCUGCCUUUUGUAGACUCGGAUCACCCCCUGCACAGAUGUUUCCUUCCUCGGGAAUAUUCUGUGAUCCUACCAGGUGUUGCUGCAGUAAUCUUUGUCCUCUUUGUUGGAGCCUUCACUACCUUCAUCAUGUGGAAGGACCACAAACCAAAGAAAGUGGCCUAAGGAGGAUUGAACCCCUUAAAGGUUAUUCCUGCUGGCGGCGACACCAGAACCACCAGCUCAUACUUUUGUUCUGCACAGUAGACUUUUUCCUGCAGUUAUAAACAACAUGUUCUUCUGCAAAGAAGAGAAAUGUCCCUUUGAUGCCCUUCCGCUUCAGACGUCAUUUAUAGCGCGUUGGCGCCACCUAGUGGCCCAGCUCGUACUACACGAUGGAGAAAACGUUCUGCAGAUUCAGACUUGGUUCUAUUCAGGUCUCAGAGGACUUCACUAGAACCAGACCGGUUCUAUAAGAUCACACCUGCUGCAGCAGAGAACCAGAGGUCACAUGUCUAGAUGAUGUCAACAUUCACCUGAUUUAACCAGAUUUUAUUUGAUUGUUUAGAAAGAGUAAAUGUUUAAAUGGAGCCUGUUUGAAUCUGUUUCACAUCCAGAUGUGUUCACUCAAAGCAGACCGACUGACAUCUGAGUGCUGAAAUCCAGCUGUUCUGGUGUUUUACUGCAGCUGAAGUUCCCGGAUGAUCGUUUUUCUAAAAUAAAACUAAAAUGUUUUCUGCUUUGGA